AUGAGUAGCCGGCCACCCCUUGCUGAAAAAGCUUUCUCGGAGGGCUACGCCCGCCUCCGCUACAGAGAUACGUCUUUGCUGAUCUGGCAGCAACAGCAGCAGAAACUGGAAACUCUUCCCCCUGGCACGUACUUAAGCCGGAGCCGCAGCACAUGGUAUUCGCAGUAUGGCAACCAGGCGAUUCUGGUGCGAGAUAAAAACAAAGUGGACCUCACCAGGGACACCGGACAGUCCAAGUUUUGUACCAUUAUGUAACUCCAGUCCCAAAGCUA